AUGGGCUGCGAAGCUACAGGGGUCAGUAAAGUACUAGCGGAGUUCUUUUCGCCCUGCGCAGAGCCUUCCAGGCAGACAGUCCUUCUGGUGCUCCAGUCACCACCUCUGGAUGGAGCUGCUGGAGGUGUGGCAGGUGGAGCUGGGGCGGGGUUUGAUGUUCCACGACAGCACCUCUCACUCCACCCGCACGCUGACGUGACGGGACAAGAAUGCAGCUGUGCAGAGAGAGAGUGUAAUAAUUAUAGUGCAUCUUCCCUCCGCUCACAGUUGUUGACUGCUCUCCAAGCUCAUUACUGUGUCAAUAAGGAGUCAUCUGCCACAAAGUCUAACGCCGUCGACAGAAAAUGUCCAGUCCCUGUUCAGACGCCGCUGGCUGCGACCAGAACCCUCAGUCAGGGGAUAAGAAGUCUCAUGGCGGCUGCCACAAGGGCAAGGGCCAUGGAGGCAAGCAUGAUAAAGGAGGCGAUCACAAAGGAGGAGACCACGAACACGGGCACAAGAAGCAUGGCCAUGGGCAUGGUCAUGGUCAUGGUCAUGGUCAUGGUCACGGACCAGAACAAGGAAAAGAACACGCAGAUAAUUAGAAAGGUGAAUAGAGGCUGCAAACACACCAGACCACCAGACGUCCUGUGAAACCUGUCAAUGCACUCUAACAUUGAAACAUGUGACACUAUUACCUUAAAUCUGAUUUACUUUAAAAGAGGUCAUUAAACAGACUUUUAAUAAUU